AUGGCUACCUCGAAGGCCAAGUAUGAGUCCUUCCUUAUCAAUAACGUCUCGACUAUCUCGACCCUCGAGUCCUCGCUUCGAUCAAUUACGUGGUUUUUACCGGGUCGUUUCAAGGAUGCAGAGUUGGCGUCGGAGGCUCUCACGUCGUUGCUCAAUCUGAUGAGCAUGUAUCAUGAUACACUCCUGACUCGUGUUGUGAAAAACAAUCCGUCGUACCGCCCUCUUAUCCCCUCCUCCUUGCACAGUCGCUUCACAAGAGCAUGGACCGACAAAGACUCCGUCUAUAAGUGGGCCGCGCGUGCUUUGGAGAUAAUCCGUUUUACGGAAUUGGUGCUAGAGAUGGCUCUGAAGAGAAACGUCUCUGAUAAAGCCAGAUGGAGAUCCAUUAUUCUCCUUGAAGUCAUAAAAGCUUCGCUGCGCAUGCUAAUAUUGAGGAUAACACGCCGGCCUCUCAUGUCGCCCCCGAUCCCAGAACGAGACUUCGACCCGACGACAUUACCACACACGAGCCAUACUUCGUCCCCCACACUAGCACCAUCCUCGCCUUCUAAUUCACCUCCCAUGACCCCGGACCAUCUCCGUAACAACCACAUACCUCUAUCUCAGCAUCCAUUACUUUCUGCUGCGCGGUCAGACACCUCAGCAGAAGACUAUCUCUUGCCGAAGGCCUUAACGCCUUCUUCGGUCAGACCCUCACUAUCUUUGAUUCGAAGAUUGUCCGGUCCUCGAGAUUGGUUGGCAGAAACUAUAUACAUCUUGCGACCACUGGUCUACGCAACUCUCGUCCUUGCUGAUCGCCAGUCCAAGGAACGCUCAAGCCGUGCCUUGGUGGUAGCUCUGCUGAUGGAAUUCCUUUCGCGCAAUCUACGUCGGACGCCAACAGCUUCUUCUGCGCUUGAACGUUCUGAAUACGCUAAAAGAGACAAGGACAUGCUUUGGUAUCUGCUUCGUGGGUCGAUAUGGGAAGGGUACACCAGGCCAAAGUUGGAGUCAUUUGUUACGAAAACUGCUCACGCUCCGUUCAUUGGACUGUUUGGUGCUUUCGUGAAGGAUUGGAUCCCAUUGAUUGACGACUACUAUUAUUAUACCGCUCCCUAA